UUAACUGUUAAAAAUCUGGAUAUCUGAGAAAACCUUGCAGUGCGCGAGCUGAGAGUAGAAGCUGCAGAACAUCUCCUGCUGAGUCUCUGUCAGUUUGAUGUGGGUGUGGCUGGUCAACAAGAGCUUCCCAAAGUUAACUCGGCUAAAAUGGGCUUAAACAGGUGACAGUGGAUGGAUCUUCAUGUAGGAAUUUCAUGCACUAUGGAGGCGUUUGCCAGGCAGAGCUGUGUUUGGAUACUUCUGAGAGGGACAAUUUGUUUGUUGGUUCUUGGUGAACAUUAUGGCAGCUUCACCUUUUGCAAAGGAGUUGCACCAGAGCUUAAUGGAGAUCAACACCCAUUUAAACAGAAAAACUGGGCUCCCAAAGCAAGGAGUUUGGAUCAGAACCAAAAGCUUGCCAUAUUGCCACUUAUAAAGCAGGAACAUCUGGAAAUAGUUGGAGAAAAUCCCCAGCCUUAUUCCAAUCCAUCCUCAAAGUUACAGCUCCGUCCUGUCAUGAAAGUUCACGGAUCAUCUAAAUUCUACCGGACGUUCAGUUGGGGUGACUUUUACUCAAACAUCAAAACUGUCAAACUGAAUUUGCUGAUAAUGGGCAAGAUUGUGGAUCACGGGAACGGUUCCCUUGGAGUCUACUUCCGCCACAACUCCACCGGGGUUGGCAAUGUUUCUGUCAGUCUCGUCCCACCCAUUAAAGAGGUGGAGUUUGAUCUUGAGCGCCAAAGUGUGGUCAACCCCAAAGACUCGAAGACGUUUAACUGCAGGGUGGAGUAUGAGAAAACUGAACGUAACAAAAAGGUGAUACUGUGCAACUACGACCCCUCCAAAACAUGUGCUCAGGAGCAGACGCAGAGCCACGUCACCUGGGUCUGCUCCAAACCCUUCCAAGUCAUCUGCAUCUACGUGUCUUUCUAUGGCACGGACUACAGGCUGGUUCAAAAAGUCUGCCCGGACUACAAUUACCAGAGUGCAGAAGCAUACCUACCCAAAGGCUAACCAGAAGUCAAGCCAAGGACAAUAUUUUGAAUGUUUGAGUGGCUGUGACAUUUUCUGAUGGACUUUAAUAGAAUAUUUUAAAGGGAUUCAAUGUUAUGUUUUUAUUCAAGUCUUACAAUUUACAAAAUAUUCUAUAGUAUAUGUUAGAGUGCACUAUCUUGCUUUUUGUAGACAACAAUAUUUGUCUGAGACUGUGUAAAUUAAAAAGCUAGAACUAGGGCUGCUAAUUGAGGAUUAUUUUUGACAUGUGUGUGUUUGGACUCAUGUUUGGUUUGACACUGCAAAACAAAGAAACUCAACAACAUUAAGUUAACUACACCACUUUCUCAGAGGCUGAUGGUACUUAAUGGUAAGUGAGAGUUUGUCAAUUAUCUUUGUACAGUACAUAGCUAACCCAAUAAUAGUUUGCUGCAGUUAGAUUAUAGAGUAUAUUAUGUUCUUUGCAAGGGGUAAUAUGUCAUAUUUGUCCAAAUAUCCUUUUUGUUGUAACAAUAAAUAUAUAUGUCUUACUUUCACUGUUGUUAUAGCUUAAUAUCUCAUGUCUUGUCCAGGUGAAAAUUAAAGUCUUUCAACGAUCUGAGGCUUACUUGACCGAUAAGAAAUAGAAAUUGAUUUUUACAUUCGUGAGAUUUCCUAGAUAUGAUGUUGAUGUAUGUGGAGUAAAAUCAGU